AUGCAGAGCGAGGAGCAGGGCCAGGGGGCGCUGCGUGCUGGGCUGGCCCAGCACGGGCAAGCAGCUGGCGUGGCCUGGAGGCGGUUAGCCGCGGCCAGGGAGAGGCACGCGGGGCGGAGCGCUGAGCAGGUGCAGCGAGCAGAGCUGGUUGGCCGCGGGACGAGUGAGCUGAAGGGCGGCGCAGUUGGUGGUGAAUCUGUGAGAAAAAGAAAUAAGAGGAAGGAAAAGAGAGCAGAAGAGAAGCAGCAACCAGCUACAUGUCUGAUCGUUUCUGUAGCAAAACCCCCUCAUUCUUUCUCAUCUCCCUCACAUGGUCACGCACGCUGUCGCCAAUCACCCAGGCCAGCUGCUCCUUUUCCCUCUCUACCUUUCCUUCACCGAGACCCAGCAAACCCUAAUCCGCCUCCCCAUAUCGCGCCGCCACUGCUUCCCUCCUCUGUUCUUUCCCCUCUCCCACGAAGCAGAGAAGAAGAGACAGAAAUUCAGUUAAAAGUUCGGAGAAAACGACCGCGAGCUUCUGCCAAACUCGUCGUCGCCCCACUGCUCCGGCCAUGCCCCGGCGCCAUCAACACCUCCACGGUCUUCCUGGACCUCGUCGCCGGCGACUCUCUGUUGACCCCCGGUCCCAGCGCCUACUCCUCCACGUCCGCCCAGCCAAGGCACACGUCCGGCGCUGUAUUCCCCCCCGCCGUUCGCCCUCCAUCGUCAGGGCCGUGCUCGACGCCAUCUUCUCCAAGCCCGGUCUGCUGUUAUGCUUUUCCGUCAGAUAAGAUCUCACGCCUGGAGUUAGUUCAUUUGUACACCAGUCUAUCUAAAUCAGCAGCGUCAAAGCAUCCCAGUGGCUACAGUCUUGAACUCUUUUUACUGGUGGUGUCAGGAUCAGAUCCCAGUGUAGGUGCUGCUUCACGUCGAAUGUGCAGGCCAGGUCCUGCCCGGUUCUACUACACAUCUCUGCUCAAUUCUGGUAACAGUUCACACCGAGCAAACACAAGGUCGCAUCCCAGGGAAGAUCAUUUGCUUCUUUCCGGAUAGGAUCACGAAGUGUUGAUGUGAGGUACGAUGAGCUCUUCGACAAGUUCCUCUGCAGCUUUUCACAGGCGAGCCCUCUCUCUUCACCUAUUUUACUCUCUCCCUCGCAUUACUAUCCUUAUGUUGCGAUUUUUUAUCGAGUCACGUGUCCUAUUCCACUUGUUUACCAUAAUAAUCCUAUAUGUAUCAUUCCUUACCCAUAGCUGUUGCUUGAUGUUUGAGCCUUGCGAGUCGUAGGCGUGUUUAGGCUCUGUUGUUUAUCUCGAUUUGUUAUCGGGAUAUGUUGGGUUGUUGGGAGGUUAUCACAUGCUAUAUCAGUUAUUGGAGAUACACAUGCUUUACUUUAUUGUUAACAACUAAAACUGUAAGCAGAGGCAUCUGUGAGCCCCUUUGCGAAAGCAUCAGAACUUUGACUUGCUAAUGUCCCCUAGGACCCGAGUUCUUGUUAUCUGUUCCGAGAUUGAGCGCUCUACCCGUACGUGGGGGAGUGGGACCCCCAUCACCCACUACCUUUCCUCGAGUCUGUUUAUUGGGAGCCACAACCUUGGUUUUAUUUGCCCAUAUGCACGAUAUGCACGAUUUACUUCCUGUUGCCUUCGGGUGUUUAUAUUCUGUACUGUACUCAUAACGCGGGACUCUUUAUCCUUGGCCGGUCGUUAGUGCUCGCCUUGGAAGCCGACGCAAACCUCUGGGUCCGUAUCGGAGUACGACCGAACUUCGUCACGGGUAUCUUAGUGGGGUGGCUCCCCUUAAACUUUCUCUUGCAUUGGGAACGGUCUUGAUGUGAGACUCCACCUGUAGUAAGUGGGUUCGAGCAUGCGUAUGGUUACAUUUGGGCAACCCCUGCAGGGUGUACAGCUUAUCGACAAGCCGUGUCCGCGGUUAUGGACGACUUGGAAUUGUAUAGCUUGAUCAUAGAACAACUUACACCGUUAUCUUGUUGCUAAUAAUCUGAUAAUAACUUGCGUAGUAAUAUAGCAUUACUACAACCGAUACCUAAUAAAACUUGUCCACCGUUGAGUGUCUUUUACAUUGCCUCUUCGCAAUUGUUGAAGGGGAUAUGUGUAAUUGGCUGGGUUAUGUUUGUGUAGUAUUAUAUAUGUUACCUUAUGCGCUCUCUUAUCUUCUCUGAUUAGACGGAUAUUGUAGUGUGUCUCUAUUGGUUAUAGUAUUGCUACCGCUAUACCUACCAUAUAGCCCCAGGCGAUAUAUAUAUAUAUAUACUCGUCCGGCGAGCAUAGCCAUUUCUAGUCUCGCUAAGUACGUGCCGGAGUUCGUUCCUUGGUACUUACUCUCGCCUUUCCUCUUUCUCUUUUGCUUCCUCCCUUUUGUCGGCAACCGAUGGCCCGACUUUGACAGGUACGAGAUGACGACUUUAGCAAGGUUACCCUUCCGGCUUGGCCUAGGCAGGGUUAUGGACGCCAUCGUUUAUCUUCAGGACUCUUAGUCCACUUUGUAUCUUGUCCGUACUCGGACGUAUUCGAUCUUCUGUAUGAUUUGGAUCUUUGUAUUGUAUAUUUGUAUCUUGACUCGUUGGAGUCGUUGUUGUAAUAUAUAUAUCUUGUGGGCUCUAUACCGCUCGUGUUAAUUCCUCUGGCAUCACGUGUGUGAUUCGUCGCGCACGUCGUGUCGGAGGGCGUCUCUAAAUCGAUAUCGUGCGGAUUUCGGCGGAAUUGCUGGAAUCCUCAGGAUACCGGUUUUGGGGCGUCGCACUUUCUCACCUGUAGCGAAGCUAAAGUCUAUGAGGAUUUUGUUAGCACUAGCUGCAUUUUUCGAUUA